UAAGGUAUUUAUUGAUGUAUCACUUUCGUAAUAUUUGGCCUCCGAAUCAAAAAGUUGCACUUGAUCUUUGUAUUUGUGGUCACCUUGAAGGAUGCAUAGAACGUUAACCUGUUUGGCCGUAACCACUAAUAGCGAUAUGAUGAAAAUACAAGUUUGCCAUAGGCCAGUUGCGUCUCGUGUUUACAAAUAGACACACAUCAAUUUUGUGUUAAAAUAACAUGUUGGUUUUCUAUCCAACAAAAUGGAAAACAAAACUAUAAGUGAAGUGGAAUUGACAGAAAAUGUUAACAAAGAUCAAAACGCGGAUACUAACAAAAAAGAAAAUGACGAAAGAAAAGAAACCCACGAACAAAUAUCCUGGUUGGAUAGAGUGAAGAUUUUAUUAAAGUUUUUUACUGUAGAACCAUUCUUACUGUGUUAUAUUAUGCCAAACGUGAUAUCAUCUCUAGCGGUGCAAAAACUUAAUUUGGAGAAAGCUUGUCGAUCCGAUUUAAAUUAUUCGGAGGAAAUGUGCACUUUGGCAUUUAGCGGCGAAGUUUUGGAUAAUGUUACUACAGCGGCUCUAAACGGUGCACACAAAAUGGUAGCUGAUAUGACAGCGUGGAAGCAACCUUUGCAGAGUGGAAUCCCUGCUAUAGCUAUCUUGUUUGUCGGAGCAUGGAGUGAUAAAACUGGAAAUAGGAAAGCUCUUAUGCUUUGUCCCAUUAUAGGGGAACUAAUAUCAGCUAUAGGAUUACUGUUUGCUACGUACUUCUUUUUAGAAUGGCCAUUAUGGGCAACGGCAUUAAUAGAAGCCCUUCCGUCUGCAUUCUCAGGGGGACUGUCAAUUGCUCUGAUGGGAUCUUACAGUUACAUAGCAGAUGUAACAACUGUUGAAUCUCGGACAUUUAGAAUCGGUGUAGUGGCUGUUAUAGUGACUCUGGGUAUACCAUUAGGGUCUUCUAUAAGUGGAGUAUUAACAGAAGCAGUGGGAUACUACGGUAUAUUCGGCAUUGGGACAUUAUUGUAUGUGUUAGCGUUCCUUCAAACAUAUUUCAGAGUGCAUGAUGUUAGAAGAGUGGAGAUGGAAGGAACAUUCGGAGAAAAAAUCAUCCAGUUCUUCCAUCCUAAACAUGUUUGGGAUACGAUGUCACUUCUUUUCACAACCGAGAGAAUGCAGUUGAACCAAAUUGUGCUUGUAAUUUUUGCUCAUAUUGUAAUCAUAGGACCAGUUUAUGGGGAGGCGGGAGUACUGUUUCUCUACACUUUGACGAAAUAUAACAUGACUGUGGUUGAGUUUAGCUUGUUCAUGACUUAUUCUAUCCUUAUGGGAUUAGGAGGGACUGCAGUGGCGGUAACCGUAUUCAGUAAAUAUCUGAAAAUGCAUGAUGCUCUAAUCGGCGUUAUAGCUACUGUAUGCAAAGUAGCAUCAAGUUUCGUAUACUCAUUGGCGCCAACAAAAGCCUGGUUCUACAGUGGUCCGGCUUUUGAUUUCUUUGGCAAUUCAGGAACAACAGCUAUCCGAUCUUUAGGAACUAAAGUUGUUGAUCAAGAUAAAGUCGGCAAGAUGUGUUCUUUGAUCGGCUUCGUGGAGGCAAUAAUUCCUGUGAUUUACACUCCUCUGUACAGCAAAGUGUAUAGUGGCACACUUGAUAAUUUCAUCGGUGCAUUUUAUCUGCUCGGUGGUAUUAUGACAGUACCAGCAUUCGUCAUAUUCCUAGCAAUCUACAGUAUACAAAAACGUCAAGCACGGGAUCAAGUAACCGACCCAGAAGCUAAGGAAAUGCAUGCUCAUGAAAACGCAGCUACAGUGCUUUAGUCCAAACUAAACAAAGAAUUCGACUGCCCCGAUUCUUAUAUUAUUACUUUAUACAAAGUCAAUGUUGUGGAAGAUUCCGUUUUUAGAUUUCUUGUUAUUCGCGAUGGCGGUCUAAUGUUGCCGGUAAAUAUUACUAAUUUUACUGAUCUUAAAAAUGACCAAGAUGUGUUUAAUUUAACAAGAAAACUAGUUACUAUGUUACAGAACAAGGUUAAGGAAUUUAAAAACACGAAAAUAAAUAUAAAAUUAAAGUAUGGCCUGUCCCAACAAAUUGUAAAUUGUCUGAUAA